AUGGGUUUUGAAACUGGCAAAUAACUAUUAAAAGGAAGACAUCACAAUAGUGCUAGCAACGCAACAGAAUUUUAUGCAUCAGGUUUUCACGAUGAUUAAGAAUCCAUAUUAAUGUCUGUAUUAGAUGAUUCUUAAAUGGAUCAAAUCACGGCUGCAGUAUACUAAAGUUACAAUGACUCCACGAUGAACAGCAGCUAUAAGCAUCCAUUUAUGACAGAAAUAUAAUAAAACCUUGAUACUUCAGCUAAUCUUAGUCUAAAAUAAGUACUUGUUCAUAGCGAAAAAAAGUUUAAUUUGAAGGAAGAGAGAAAGAUGUAGCAUUUUACUAAUAAGUUACCCAGUAUAAAUGCCUCUGAUGAUUUAUAAAUAAACUCGAUGAAUUCUUUUGGCUCAUAAGGUUUGAUAAAAAGUAGUAAAAUGUCGCAAAAGUACAUAAAUUAGAUGAGCAGAGAAGAUUUGCCCUCUCGUUUUUCUAUUGAUCCAGAGUAAUAUCUAUAAAACGAAUAAGAAAUCCCUCUCCUUCCAAAUGAAUAAAGAGAAUGGUUUUUACCACAGUUAAAAAAAAAUGGAGUUUAACUGAAGACAGAAAAAGAAAUAUUUUACUAAUAGUAUAAAAAGUUGAGUAAAAUUACAUAGUAUGACAAGAGAUAUAAAACAAAUAAGUUCAUUUAUAAAUCGAUGUGCCAAAAAGCAGAAGAGUGUAAUUUACUACCUAAGACUUUUGAAAUUUUCAAAUCAAAUUCUUGUGUUCAUAAAGAGCUAAAUCUAAAUAACUAUGGCAUAGGAGAAUAAUAUUGUAAAGUUUUUUCUGAGGCUCUUUAGGUUGAAGACUUGCAACAUUUAAAAAAAUUAAAAAUAUCAUAAAACAAUUUAAGAGGUGGGUCGCUUAAUAAAAUAUUUAAAUCUUGCGCUUCCAAAAUGAAAGUGUUAGAUAUUUCAGGUAAUUCGGUUCGAUAAGAAGAUUUGGCUACUUUUAAACCUCUGUUUGCAAGAACAACACUAGCUUUUUUAAAUAUUGCUUAAUGCAGAAUUGGUGAUACUGGCUUUACAGAAUUAUACUAAAACAUCAAAGAAAAUUAGCACUUAAAAGUUUUAAAUAUAAGCAUGAAUAAUUUGACAGAGAUAAGUGCUGAAAAAUUAAAAAAGCUUUUGACUUACAAUACUAGCUUAUAAGAGUUGUAUUUGCACUGGAAUAAUUUCAAAAAUGAAGGAGGAUGUGAAAUUUUAAAAGGAGUUUUAGAAAAUUCUUAUUUGAAGGUGUUUGAUAUAUCAUAUAACUCUCUGAAAUACUAAGGCGAUUUAAACGAAUAAAAUCAGCAAAAAGCAGCUGCUUAUUAUAUUGCUCAAAUACUUUCUAAAGAAACUUCAGAGUUACUUCAUUUAGAUGUGUCUUAUAAUAAUUUUUCUCCAACAGAAUGUAAAAUGAUUUAAGAAAGCCUAUUCUACAAUAGUUGGCUUUUUGGACUUCAUUUUGAAGGAAAUUCAAAUUAUGUUGUUGACUCAAGUGGCUUUAUUGUUGAACUUUAAAAUGGUUUUCGCCCAAGAAUGCAGCACAAACGAUAGAUUAAAUCAAUUCAUUAAAUUCCGUUUUUUUAAGAAGACGAGUUAUGGGAUUCAGAUUAAUAGUAAUUAUAAGACAUUUGUUGGAUAUGUUAAGGAUGGCAAGAAGUGAUCAUUUAAGCAAAGGAUAUCUAGGAAGAACCACUCUACUUGCACUUAAGUUAUUAAAACUUUAAACCUGAGCUACUCAAAAAGAAUGAAGAAGGACACUACAUAAAAUCUUUAAUGAUUCCUAAAAAUAAAAAAAUUGAAUUCUUUUUUAGUAAUCCGCUGGAGUCUUCUAAAGGUUUGGUAACUUAAUAUCAUGAAAGCCACAGGAAAAUUAUGUCAUGCCACUAUAAGUAUAAAUUUGAUAAUGCCGAAAAAGAAUAUUUUUUGUUUGUCUAUCAUAUGAAUUCUAUCGAUGCAGAUAACAGUAUCUAAUUUGAAGUAAACAAUCAUUAUAAAGUAAAAACUAAGUGUUUUCCUCGUGAGUAGUCACUUACUUAUCAUCUGCCUAAGAGUGAUUGGGAUAUUUCUUAAUCUAUUUGGAAAGACUUUAGAGGUGAUACUGAAGAGAUAUUGAGAAAAUGCCUCGACAAUGAUUUAUUUUAUGCUAGAAUAUUCAAAUUUGUUAAAGAUGUAGAUGAUUAAAAUUAACUAAGAGAAGCAAUAGUUGAAAAAUAUUAGAUUUGUAGAGAUGUUUACAGAAAUUUAGCAUCUAUACAGCCACAGGGUGAUACAUUUUGUAUAGGAUUAGGAGUUUUUUAAAGAAUGAUUUCAAAAACAAAAACACUUGAUGGAGGAAAAAUCAAGCUAUCUGAUAUUGAUAGGUUAUUUAUAGCUACAAAUUUUAAUUAGGAAACAAAUGAAACUGUUUUAGAAAACAAUCCUGCAAAAGCAUUAAUUAGAUAUGAAUUCAUAGAAAUACUUGUAAGAAUAGCCCAUGAGAAAUAUCCAUAAAUGAAAUAUGCUGAGGCUUUUACAUAUUAUUUUGAAAAUGACCUUAAAGAGCAUUUUAUAUUGUAUUAAAUUGCUCAAGACUGGAGAACAAACAAAUAUUGGAAAAAAGAAAUAGAACAUGAGAUAAAAAAUGAAAUUUAAAUGAUCAAACCUAUUUAUGAUAGUCUUGUACAGAAAAAUCCAGCCUGCUAUUAAUCUUCAAUAAAAUAUGUUGACUUGGUAACAUUUAGUGAUUUCAUCGUUAACAAAAUAUGUCAUCUGCAUCCUCUAAAUCAAGCAUUAGAAAUAUAAAUAAGAAGUGCAUUUUAAAUGAGCUUGUAAACUAGCAUAGACGAACUUUCUAGUAUGUAAUAUAAAUAAAUGGGAUUAUUAGAAUUUAUUGAAGCCAUUGUUAGAAUUUCUGAGGUUAUUUAUAAAAAUGAAGACAUUCCUCUAAAUGUAAAAAUUCAAAAAAUUCUAUUCGAAAUAUACGAUGAAGGUGAAAAGCAAGAAAUAUUAAAAAGAUAAGAAUUUGAAAAGAUAAAAAGGCUUUAAGAAGAAAAAAAAGAAAUUAAAAGAAUAAUACUUAAAACACGCAAAGAUUAUGAAUUUAAAUAGUCUGUGUCUCAUGGUGCUCUUUAAAGGUUUUCAAAAGUGAAAUUGCUUUCUAAUCAAAGUAAAUUUUUGCCUUCUGUGUUUAAUAACCAUCAAAAUGACCACAAUGAAAUAUUUUCAGCACAAAAUAUUCAAUUUUAUAAGAAAAAUAGUAAAUGA